GCCGUAACACUUCUGCGAAGUUGGUCAGGUAGCUAAUGGAGUCGGUAGCUAGAAGUAAACACAAGUGCCCUUAAAUGUUCUAAUGUCUUAACCAUUGAUGUACAUAAGCCCUCUGAGAUGGAUGAUAUCAAUUUACACUACAGAUUCCUGAACUGGCGGCGCCGGAUCAGGGAAAUCAGGGAAGUACGUGCUGUUCGUUAUCAAGAGCGCUACAAACGAAUGUUGAAGAAUGGAGACACGCUAAGUUACCAAGGGAACUCUGAUGAAGUUGGCUGCUACGUGGCUCCACGCCCCUUAUCAAAGGGAAACUGUUACUUUGAGGUGACCAUUAUGGAUACUGGAGUGAGGGGAACGAUUGCUGUCGGGCUGGUUCCUCAAUAUUACAAACUUGACCAUCAGCCUGGCUGGCUUCCGCAUUCAAUUGCUUACCAUGCGGAUGAUGGAAAGCUAUACAAUGGCAACCCUGUCGGUCAACAGUUUGGUCCAAAAUGUAACCGUGGUGACCGAAUAGGUUGUGGUAUCUAUGCAGACACUUUUGAUGCCGGACUAGUAACUGUGUUCUUCACCAAGAAUGGCAACGAAGUUGGGUCAGUGGUGGUGCCAGUGGCUCCAGAUGGGCUGUUCCCUGCCAUUGGCAUGCACUCCCUCGGUGAGGAGGUGCGGCUGGACCUGCAGGCAGAGUGGGGUUCAGAGGAGGAGGACAGCGUCAUGAUGGUGGACAGCCAUGAGGAUGAAUGGGCACGACUUUAUGAUGUCAAAGUCGGUGGUACGCUUCUGGAAUAUGUUGGGAAAGGGAAAAGCAUCAUGGACGUUGGUCUGGCUCAGGCUCGGCAGCCCCUUACCACACGAAGUCACUAUUUUGAAGUGGAGAUUGUGGAUCCUGGAGAGAAAUGUUAUAUUGCCCUGGGCCUUGCAAGGAGAGAUUAUCCAAAGAACAGACAUCCGGGCUGGAGUCGAGGUUCUGUUGCAUAUCAUGCUGAUGAUGGGAAGAUCUUCCAUGGCAGUGGAGUUGGAGACCAGUUUGGCCCACGCUGUUUUGAAGGGGACAUCAUGGGCUGUGGAAUUAUGUUUCCCCGGGACUACAUGCUGGACUAUGAAGAUGAAAUUGAUGACUGGGAAGCAGCAGAUGUGCGGCCGAAGCAGGGGCGUGUUGAAAACGUAAUGUAUUUGAACGAUGAAGAUGAGGAAGAGGGAGAUGACCCAGAGCAAGAACACGAAGGCCAGAAAGUCAUGGUGUUCUUCACCCGAAACGGCAAGAUUAUUGGCAGAAGGGAGGUGGUGGUUCCAGUUGGGGGGUUUUACCCCACCAUCGGUAUGCUCAGCACCGGAGAAAAAGUGAAAGUGGACCUCCACCCUCUCAGUGGUUAAUAAAUACGGAACUUAGUGAAUCCAUAUCUCCAAUCCUGCUGUCAGCCAAUCGCCACUUUUGACUAACCCACCAUGCUGAAGUUCAAAGAUGGAUUUGAUACACAAGGAAUCAUGGGAAUGGUUUAUUUAUGCUUUAAACAAAAGAUGGCUACACAAAUUGAUAUUUAUGUAAUCUGAGACAAAAAGGCACUUGAGAUUGCAACAGUGUUAAACGUUUCAAAGUUUAAUAUGUUCACAUUAGUGCAUGUUUCAUGGCAAAAUUACAACAAUAUAUCUACAGCAUUUCUCAGAGACUUCAUUUCAGCUUAAAACUCCUUACUUUAAGCUUUAGCUUAAAACGGUUUACUUUGAGACUAUUUUGAAGGUUAUGGCGUCAAUAUUGGGCCUCAAAACCUAAUUACGAAUUAAAGCAGUGCUCCAGGUUCAAUACAAGUUAAGGUCCAUCAAAAGCAUUUGUAGCAUAAUAUUAAUUACCACAGAAAAUGGUUUCAACUCAUCCCUUGAUUUUUAGAAGAAAAACAUUGCAGUAAAUUUCAGUAAGGCACUCACAAUGGAAGUAAAUGGGACCAGUCCAUAAACAUUAAUAUACUCACUGUUUCAAAAGUAUAGCCAGAAAAUGUAAACAUUAUAUGUUUUAACAUGAUUUUAGUGUGAUAAAAAUGGUUACAUGGUUUAUUGCCGUUAUGGCAUAAUGGUAACGUAGUUGUAAUAUUGAUAUAUUGAUAUAACUUUACACAGAUAAGGUUAGUAAGUGAUUUUAUCACACUAAAAUCAUGUUAACACAUGUAUUGUUUAUAUCUUGUAGCUAUACUUUUGAAACUUUGAGUAUUUUAAUGUUUAUAGACUGGCCCCAUUUGCUUCCAUUGUAAAUGCCUAACAGUAACCCACGAUUUUUGCUGCUAUUUUUUAUAGACUAGGGACAUACAAACAGAGUUAAAAUAAUUUUUUUGUAAUCAAUAUUAUGCCACAAAUGCUGUCGAUAGAGCUUGUAUCGAGCCUGAAAAAUUACUUUAACAUUGUACGAAGAUAUGAUUUGUUUAUUAACAAAUACAUAGAAAAUAUUGAGCUAUAUAUUUUUGAAGUACUUUGCUAUACAAAGGUAUUCAGCAAAUCAGGAACAAAAAUUCAAAAAACAAAAUACACUGAUGAAUGAGAUUCGCAGGGUACAGAGUACCAUUAUACGCUAAAGACGGUUAAAGAUCAGACACAUCUCUCAUAGCUGAAUAGCUCAAAUAUGUGGCAAUUUUCCACACACUGCCUCUCACCAAUGAAUCUUGAAGGUGAUUGAAAGCAGGUUAUGGCCAUUUUGUUCUUAUUGUGAAUUUUUUUCUUCUGUAUGUCAUACGUAAUCAAGUGCCACUUUUGCAAUUAUUUCUGUCUGAAAAAGCGGUUGAGAAAGGUGCUUGCCAGUAAACAACAUGAAGUAAUUGUGAUGUUGGUGGAGGCGAGUUGCAUCGUCUUUAGUUUUAUAUCUUUUACUCUCUUCAGUCUCUCUUCUGUCAUCGGUUGCAGAAUGCAAUUCAGCAGCUCCAGACCAGGUACAGUGCAAGAAAUGGAACGUAAUGCACUGAAUAGGCUACUUAAAGUUUUAUAAAUAAAUAUCUAUGAAUGCAACAUAACGGAUCAGUCUAUCUUUAUUUAGUUCAAGUGGGUUUCUCCAAGCCUUUCUGUAAAUGUUGUUCUAACAUUUUGUUGCGGUUUGUGUAUGAUUUAUCAGAUAGUGCAGGGCAGACGCCACAUUCGAGCCGCAUUUAAUUCAGCGAAAAACAUUGAGCUGUUUAUAAACAUUGUCCGCUGUAAUGUGAACUGGUCCUGUUCACAAAUGCCACAAGCACUUUAGAGAUGCAUCAAAUUACACUUAUGGGCAAUCAGUCAUGAACCUGUUACCCUCUAGUCUUCUAAACAGAUGCCAUUCUGCACCUCACUGCAAUAAUGUUCUACCUGUUCCUUUUACAUAUCACAUAUGGGACUAAAUGAAAUGUUUAAUAGAUGUACUUUGCCAAAUGUAAUGUCUGUUUUUGUCACCAUCAAUGUGGUUUCUUCCUUAACAGGUCUUGUCUAAAUAUUGCAUAUCUUUUGAAUGCUUAUGUUAAACUGCUCUCUGUAUUGCCCCAAGUAAGGUGACUCAGUUUAAGUUGUAUCAUUAUAGACUGUUAGCUGAAUGUCAGGAUAUAGGCUAGGUUUGGAAUGGAAUACUAGUGUACUGUAUAAUACAGAGUGAAGCAAUAUACACAAAUCAUCUUUUCAAACGAGUGCUAUACUGUAUUUUUGUCACAUAACAUCAACACAAUUUAUCUUUUUUUUCAGUGCUUUCCAGAUAUCAUACUGGAAAUAAAUGUGCUUUAGUAUUCAUUCCAAAAAAUCAGACAACACAAGUAGUCGUUCAUAUGACGGGAUACUGGGACCUAGGUUGUGGAUAAUGAGCUUUGAUUCAUUAAUUUGAUUGAAAGUUCCUCAGUUUUUAUGUACCGGUGUAUAACACCCAGCAUGUUUAUCACAGAGUUAUUUUCUUCCAUCUGUUUUUGAAUUUAUAUAAAAAAAACAACUUAAUCAAUUGAGCAUGCAUGUGUUGAGUCAGUGAGUAAAAUUGUCACUCUAAAGAAAGGAAUAUCUUUAGAUAUUCAGGCUUCUGAAGCUCUUCCACUGAGGUGGUUUGAUGGUUGCUACAUGGAUUGAAUUCUGGUCAGACCAUUUAACAAAGUAUUUCUGUAUUCCAGACAUAAAUUGACAGUGCAGGGAAGCCAAAACCAAAUACCUCUAUCAAUUAAGCUUAUGCAAAAAGCCAGGAGGCUGUCAUUUCCAAAAAUUCUGUGAAUUCCUCUGCUGGAAUGUGGUGGCUUGAAGCAUUUAUGGGUGAUGAUGAUCAGUUUUGUCACAUUAUUGAAAUUGUAGAUGUUAAUGCUAUGUGUUGCUAUAUUUGUAGCAUGCACUCUUUUGCUAAUCUGUGUACAUAACUUGUCAAUAAAGAAAUGGUUAUUUCCAC